AUGCAGCAAAAUCAUGUGUCUAGAGUUUUCAUGCAAGGAUUUAUCUUCCUUGUGAUUGCUUCAUUGGCUUCAGGAUCAGGAAGCAAGGCCAGUGCUAGAAGAAGCAUCUUGGUUGGAGACUCUGAAGGUUGGCGUGCUGGCACUAACUACACCCGAUGGGCCAUCAAAAAUAGUCCAUUCCGCGUAAAUGACACAUUAGUGUUCAAGUUUCCUCCCCCGGGCAAUUCGACCAUUGUUCCGAGUGUUUACUUACUACCAAACAUGUGGAGCUACAUGACAUGCGAAUUUAGAGGAGCAAAGUUGCUAGGGAGUGCAGUUCAAGGUGUUGGAGAGGGUUUAAAGAUUGAGCUGAAUCAGUUGAAGCCUUACUAUUUUGCCUCUAAUGAAGGGAAUGCCUAUGAUUGUAUUGCUGGACUCACCAAGUUCGUUGCAGUUCCAUCCACUCGUUCCUUUUAG